AAUGUAUUUAUUAAAUUAAAAGUUUCAAACUAGGAGUAAAUUUUCCAUUUUGGAUAUAAUAGGUAGCUAAAGUAGACACUAUACAAACGAAGAAACAGUAAUGAAUUGGAGCAAAUUGUUGCAAAACGUGUACAGUGUUGGCUGCAUGUGUGGUAGGAGAGGUCUUCUGAAGGAAUGCUCACCUGAUGUCCAACUUACCUCAUUUGAGGCAAGAAAGUUACUUCAGAAUAUUGUUGGCUCUCCUAAACAUUUUGGUGAGCCUGUAGAUCCACAAGUGGCUUCGGAGGCCAACCAGCUGCCCAAGAAGCAGACUGAUCUGCCAGCAAAACGGAUGUUGGACAGUUACAAGGAGAUGGUCAUUCCUCUGGGCAGGGACAAGAACCAUAGGGACAAAUAUCUUCUCACUGAAAACUCUUUAAGAUUCGGAAGGUUCUUUGAGGAUCUUGAUACCAUGGCUGUCCUGAUAAGCUACGGGCACAACCACGACCCAAGCAAGGGACCGACACACAAAUCCCCCAUCUCCAUUGUCACUGCCAUGGUGGACUCAUUAAAGACGAAGACGGAGCAGGUGAAUCACGAGAAGGAUUUGUUUGUUAGGGGGCAUGUCAUCUGGGUCGGCAGUUCGUCCAUGGAGGUAUCCAUGAUCGUCGAACAGGAGCUGAAUGGCAGAAUGAAUCAGGUGAUCGCUGCAAACUUUCUCAUGGUGGCACGCGAUCCCAUCACAAAGAAGAAAGCUUUUGUGAAUCCGCUGGACCUCAGGAGUCCAGAGGAAGAGGCACUUUUCGAACUGGGACAGGCCCAUAAACAGACUCGCACCUUACAAUCUCAGACGUCGGUCCUCAAAAUUCCUCCGAAUGAUCUGGAGAGGAAUUCCCUGCAUGACAUGUUCCUCAAGACCGUCGACACCAAGUCAAUCCCCUUUUUUUGCAUCUUUAACUAUUGCAAUGCCAGCGUAUGCUCAUUACGUCACUGUCUGUAUCACGUAUCGGGCACGUUGAACAACUUGAUUCCACCUGCCAACUGCGUGUGGAUGUCGGACGCCGGCCUCAAAAAUGUCCUCCACUGCUUCCAACAGCAAAGGAAUUUGUACAAUAAAGUUUUUGGAGGGUACCUGAUGAGGAAGGCUUUGGAACUGGCUCAUGCAAAUGCAAUCACGCACAGCAAAUCUCUGACUCAUUUGAAGUGUGUAGAUGACAUCAGCUUCAGGCAGCCAGUUGAGAUCGGCCAUCUACUCUUUCUUUCUUCAAGGAUUGUCUACACCCACAAAAAGUUGUUGCAACUGAGAGUUCAUGCACAGGUUUUAAAUCCCCUGACUGACGAACAGAAGACGACCAACACCUUCCAGUUCACGUUCUCAGCUGAGAAGGAUGUUCCAACAGUGGUUCCUCGUACGUACGCUGAGUACAUGUUGUACGUGGAGGGCAAAAGACACCUGGACAGCCACCUGUAGUACGACUGAGGUGUGAUGCUCCUUCAUCCUUUCUUGUCGUACCCGCUUCACGUGCUUGCGUAUAUCUCCAGUCAUAGCAACCAAUGAGCAGUUUGCCUUAGCUGACCAAUUAAUUUUAAUGUCGAUUUAAAAUUUGUUACAAUCUCAUAUUUUACUUUUUGUAAACAUAUUUUAAAAUUUUAUAAAUUGAACUUUUAUAAAUUUAUUGAACGCUUUUUUUACAUACACUUUUUACUGAAAUUUUUAGCGUAUUGCAAAUUUUUAAAAUGUGGUAACAUUAAGAUCAUGUUUCAUUGUUGUAUGCCUUCAUGUGCCCUAGCUUCUUCUUCACGCUUCUUCUGUUGUCAGUCAGUAGUUCGAACGGCAAAACUCAUUUUAAUAUUCGAUAUUAAAUCUUUUUCAAUAAAAUUGACCUCAUUCGUUCCAUGCUUAUCAUCAUCAUUAUUUUUCCCAUAACUUCUAAGCGAGACAAAAGGAAUGAUUGAAUGAAACUUUCAUUCAGGUAAUAAAAUACAUGGAAAAGACUUGAUAAACAAAUGUGCCAUUCCCAUCUCAGUGUAUGUACAUAAUUAAGAACAAUAAAUGCACAGCAAA